UAACGUUUAGUAUGUUGGCGGUUAUCUGUUGAACAAUAUAAUGAUGAUCUCGUAUAAAAUGUCAGUAUUCAAUAUCAAUGAACAACUUUUUAUAGCGAAAUUACUUACAGUUUGCUGUUAUCAUUGCUGGUAGGUAUUUCAACAUAUCAAUAUGCUGUGGUAUUAAUAAUAUAGGUAGAAACAAGUGUUACUGACGAUUAUACAACUUUAUAUAUUGUUCACGAUUUAAAUUUAUAUGCACGUAGUUUUUGUUCAUCAAUAAAAUUGUAUUCGUUGUGUUACAUAUAUUUUUUAUUUUAUUAUCGAUGUCUGACGUAAAAGCAAUCCAAACGCGAAAAUCUGCACAAAAAUAUGGCCCAAAGGCGACGUUAGCACAAUGUUUGGCGACAAUAGCACAAAGUUUUCUAUUUAUCGGAUUUGGCAUGAAUUUAUCAAUAUCUGCAAUAGUCAUUCGCGACUUGUAUCGAAACCCAAACAGUGAAUUCUCAAUAACGAUCACCGAGGCCUCAUGGUACGGGAGCUUGUUGUUUAUAAUCUACCCGGUCGGAUGUUUAUUAUCUGGAAUCCUGCAAGAUAAAUUUGGAAAGAAACGCUGUAUGAUACUUGCAAACGUUCCCAGUAUUAUCGGAUGGGUCUUUCUGUACUUCGCACAAUCGUCGAUGUUACUGUGCGCAUCGACACUUCUGAUGGGAUUGAGCACGGGAUUCGGGGCCGGAUCUACCUCAUCGUACGUCGGUGAGAUAUCGGAACCUAGGCUCAGAGGAUCUCUGGGUUCGCUGGGAAGCAUGGCGACGAGAAUAGGCACGUUACUUAUGUACAUUCUGGGAUUGUUUUUUGACUGGAAGACCACGGCGCUGAUCAGUAUGUUUUGCCCCAUUAUAUGCAUUUGCUUUGUCAUUUUCAUCCCGGAGUCUCCCAUUUGGUUGAUCGCUAAAGGGCGAAACGAAAAAGCUGAAGAAGCCAUGUGUUGGUUAAGAGGGUGGGUAGAACCUGAAAAAAUUAAACCAGAAUUUCUCGAACUGGUUCAUUACAAUGAAGUAUCUGGAACACAGGGUGGUUGUAAAAUUAAUACAGACGAUAAGAAGUUAUUUUCAAAUUUAGCCCAGUUCAAAAAUCCAGCGGUUUAUAGACCACUUAGAUUGAUAUUGAUUUUUUUCUUUGUAUCUUUCGCAGUCAGCAUUUUCCCUACCAGACCAUUUAUCACCAAAAUAAUGAAAGAAAUCGGUUUAUACGAUAACCAAAACGAAUCGUUGGUUCUACUGUCAGGCUUGACGAGCAUCGGGUCCAUUAUAGCAACUGCGACUGUUCAUAGGGCUGGAAAAAGAUUGUUGACCCUAUUGACAUUAACGAUAAACACUGUUUUAUUAUUUUCGCUUGGUGUAUAUAUUAUUGCAGUCAAAGCCGAAUAUCUAAUGUCGUCUCCUUUGAUUUCAUUAACAUUUCUGUGCAGCAUUUAUUUUUUCGGCUCAUGCGGUGUUUCAUGCAUGCCUUGGAUGAUACUUAUUGAAGUGUUUCCGAACAAAAGCCGAGGAGUUGCUACAUCUGUUUCCUCAGGAUUGGCCUAUAUAAUAUUAUUCACAUUAACAAAGUCAUACUUAAUAAUUGAAAUGUAUUUAAGUCUGGAGUACACUAUGAUUCUCUUUGGUUGUGUUGGCGUUUUUGGGUUAAUCUAUUUCUAUUUUUAUUUGCCGGAAACUGAAAAUAAAACAUUAUUAGAAAUUGAAGAAUUUUUUGUAUCGAAUAAAAAUGGCUAAAUUAAAUUAAUUACUUUUAUUGUAAUUUCGAAGUAUGUGACAACAUUAUUAUUAUUCAAGAGGACGCCACACCCACAUGUAUGAUUUUCUUCUUACCAAACGUUAUAAAAUAUAACAAAUUUGCGUUUAGUAUAACCAAUUUUUUGCUGUAAGCUUUAAUGAGUGAAUAGAGCUCUUGUUAAAUAGUAAAUACAAAGAUAAGAAAAUAGUUUUUUCGAUAUUUAAAUUUUUAUGUAAGUCGUGAGUAUGUAAAAUAUUACAAUAUAAAUAUCCUUACAACAUAUUUAAAAAUUAAAAUAUUGUAAACAAACUAAUGUAUAAACACAGAUAAUGUCCAUACUCUAUAAUUUAAAAAUAGGUUGAUUAUUAACUCAAAUAUAAUAUUAAAGCUAACAACACCAAAUUAGUUCAUAUAAUAUAUAAUUAUUAUACGUUUAAAAUAAGUUGAUAAUUUUCGCAGCCAUGUGGGUAUGGUAUCCUAUUCACUUAUAUGUGCUGAUAAGUGAUAAUAUAAAACUCUAGUCUCUAAUAAUUAUUAAGUUAAAUUAUCAAUGCUGUUAAAAGAUAUUUUUAGUUAUGAUAUUAUACAUAAAUAUAUUAAAUUUAAAUUAAUUAAGUGCUUUAAUAAUAUUUUAUUGUAAAAAACUAAAUAUUAAUUAUUGUAUUUUGGUCAAAUGUAGAAUUGUUAAUUUUUUUUUUAUUGUUUUACAAUUUAUUUGUUUAUAAAAAUUAACUAAAAUUUAAUUUCGUCAUUGAGAACAUUCAAAUAAAAUAAAUAAAUUUUAGAAUGUAUUUUUAAAAAUAAUUCUAAGCGUGGUGAAUAUUUAUUUAUUUUACAAUGUGUUAAUUUUUUUUUUUUUAAUUAAAAUGUUUAGGCUCGAUUAAAAUGCUUGAAAAUUUAACACAAAAUUCCUUAUUUUCUUUUUCUUUCAGUAAUCUUAAAAUAUGUAAAAUUUAUAUGUAUACAAUUUUUAUAAAAGCGUUUGAAGUUUAAAAUUUAACAAAAUCAUGAAAAUGUGCACGUUGUUUUAUAGUUAAAAAUGUAGGAGAGAGUUGCCUAGGUUAGACCACUUUAGACAUUUAGAAGAAUAACAGCUAAUUAU